AACAUUUAAAAGGUGUAAAAAGGAAAAUGUGAAAAAGUGUUUCCAUAACAAAUGGUUUUUAAAUUAAGUGAACAUCUUUACCAUCUACCCGAACAAUGUUUAUAGUGAAACAAAAUGAAUCAUAUUAUGUUUUAUCAAAGUAUAACAUAAAUUAUUUACAACAAAAUAAUGGCAAUAUUGCAAUCCUGUUGUUGCUGGAGAACUGUACGUCAGGGAAGUUUUGCUAGUGGAAUUUAUACAGCGUCAUAUUUCGCUUUGACCAUACUCAUGAUGGCAAACUUCUUAAAUGAGGAACGUCUACAUUUGUCUAGCACACCAGAAAAUCCAUACAGUACAACUAUUUUAGAGCCAGAAACAAUUUCACACACUACAAUGACUAUCAGUAUUGUCAUACUGUGCAGUUCUAGUUGUGGUUUUCUUACAUCAUUACUACUUUUGUACGGAGUAUACACCGAUAGAAAAUUCCUACUAGUUCCAUGGAUUUUUACAAUCAUCAUUGCUACAAUUAUAGAAUUAGUUCAUUGUGUAUAUAUUUUCAUCAAUGAAACGUUACGCUUUAAUCCAAGUACAGCUAUUUUAUUCACAAUCGACUUUUUCUUGCUCAGUUUAAAUGUUUAUUCUUUUCUUUGUGUGGUUUCGCAGUAUCAAGAAUAUCAGGCUGGUCGUGGAACUGCUCAGUACCACUUGGAGCAUGUACCAUGUGUUGAAUAUAUUGGACCAUCUACAGCGACUAGUUAUCUAACUAGCACCCGUCGUGGAACGUCAUUCGCUUUAGGCGGUGGUGUAACCGAAGCACAAAUUACUCCACCACCAAGUCCCACACAAAAUUCAUUAGCUUUACCAGAUGUUACGACGGCAAUGAGUCGUAGGCCAAGUAGUAAGCGUGUACAAUUUCCCGUGAAUGCACCUCAAACAGAGCGGAGAGGUAAGCUUAUAAGAUUCAGUACUGAGCCAAGCGGGCGUGAUCUUGACCAGUGAUUAUAAUUUUUUUUAUGAUCUCAAUUAAUGAAGAUGGAAGUAA